UACAUUUAGCUACCGGCCCGAACGGCUCCAAAGAAACGGAAACGAGAAAACCCCUACCCCUUGCACUUAGGCGGUUUACGUGUUUAUUGUAAGGGAAGAGCGCGCGCGUUGCGAGUGAAUUGUAUGCGAAACGUUUGCGAUUUGUUGCUUUGCUAAGAAGGCAAACAACAGCAACAACAAAGUGAACAUAAUUGUCAACACAAUCAAAAUCAAAACAAACAAAAAAAAUGGAAUGAUCACAAUGUGAAUUCAGCCGUUAAAAAUUUAAGUUAAAGGUGCAUUUCCUAGUAAAUAAAUGUCUCAAGCUACAAAACAAAGCAACAGCAACACCAACAGUUUUCCACCCCGCAGCAACAACAACUUAAAUAAAAAUCCAAAUAAAUUACAACACCACUGCCACCAAAUGUUUACAAAGAAAGAAGAAAAAAGCUAAAUAGUAUUUAAAUCAUAAUAAAAAAUAAUCUACCUUAAACAAAAACCAAAUAAAUUCAAAUUCAAGCCAAAUAAUCUCAACAAAUAAAUUAAAAGAAAAAAAAAACAAACAACCAACUCACCGACACCCCAGACCAGUCUCUCCACCCUGGUUACCCUUCAAAAAUCUCUCUAGUUUAUAAGGCGCGCACGUUUCUACACCAUGAAUUGCGUGGCUAUACCCCCUUCAGAAGAUAAGCGUCAUGCGGCCUCUAACGCAUCUUCAUCAUCGGCGACUGCCGCCCUUGCCGUUACCCCACUGCACAUUAUACACAGUGAGGUGACACUGACAUCACCCUUCAUUGAACACAACACAUCGGCGUCAUCAGCUGCCUCCGCGUCCUCGUCAUCGACGGCGGCAGCCAAUAAAUCACAGUCAUUACAGCGUACCACCACAACGCAUCUUUAUUGUCGUUCUUUGGAGAAGGAUGCAAGUGCUUUGGCGGCUCCCCAACAGAGGCGUGCCUCAAAUUCAAGAGGUUUUGCCUCGUGCCUAAGGGGUGAGCGUGACGAUGCCUUCUUGGAUUAUCAGCAAAGGGCCAUACAAUAUGAUAUGGCAGCAGCGGCAUCUCAAUGUCGAGCAGCUAAAUAUCAGGGACAAUGCUAUCAGCAGGAGUAUGCCAUGGAUGAAAAUCAUCCGGUACAGGUGCUGCAAACGAGCAUGUGUAGCACGGGCAGUGGCAGUAAUUUUGAAACGACAACGGGCAGGAGUGAGUACAAAUCGAAAACCCUGCCACGCAUACAUUUCGACAACUCUAUCACAAAUGAUAUGUCGCUGAAUGAAGGUAUGUUUCCAAUUGGAAAUACUGUAUAUUCUAAAGGAAAUGGUUUUUUCUUCACGUAUGUAAAUAAUGGUAUAUGGAAAUGUAGACCUCAAGAAAUAAAUAAAUUAAAAGUAAGUAACAGCUAUAAGCAUACAUUUCUCCGAAAACCCCUAAGCCGACCGAAAAGAAACCCUCCUUUCUUUUUUUGAAAUAAUUCAAAACAGUGGCUUAAUGAACCUUAAGUCAUUGACAGCUGUCAGGUAGAUGAUACAGUAGCAUAUCUGCAUAAUGUGACGUUAGAAAGUCAUAGUCAGUCAGCUGUUCUGUGUAAAUCAAAGAUGACUUUCGGUUAGAUUGAUAGGUAUAAACAGUGAUGGCUCCAGGGGAAAACCAAUAAUCAUAAACAGGUUAGCAACAAAAUUAAUAUGUGCCUAUGUUAGCAUAUAAAGGCUUGAGUUUUGUAAAACCCUUUAAGGGUUUUAUUAGUUUUGGUAGGGUAUAUUAACCAAUAU